GUGACUGACACGCGUCUUUAUCUGUGUAAUGCGGUACGUUCCAGUGUGUGCGUACAUGUGUGCGUUAAUGUGACUGUGUGUUGUACAGUGGUUGUGGUCAUGUACACAAGUGGAUGGAUGCUGCAGGCAUCACAUUUCACCCAGUGCCUGUGUGCUAUGUGAUACUGGAGUUUACCUGUGUGUGUGUGUGUGUGUGUGUGUGUGUGUGUGUGUGUAACGCUAGCCCCAGGUCCUGUUCCAGAGCAGCGAUCACACACAGAGACACGGUGACAGAGGCAAACUGCGACUAACAGCUAGCGAAGCAUUCAGAGUAUCUGACAGGAUGUAAGAGUUCGAGAAUUUUCUGUGGUCGCCGCUCACUCAGCCUCAUCGGGGCAGAAUGGGGAUCAGAACAAAGUGACGGUCUGGAUUUGGACCCGGGCCGCCUCAGCGAUUGCUUUGCUGAAUUAUUGAUCCCUUGGCUUGUGACUGGUUGAAGAUGAGGAAGGCAGCGCUGAUGGUUUGGAUCAGCCUCUUGGUGCAAGGUCAGUUCUGUACGACACAUACGUUUGAUCUUUACAUUCACUUGAUGCUGCUCUCUGCUGCUUUGCUCAUCUCUGAAAUUCUGUGUCCCUGUUACGUGCAAUCCUGCGCCCCGUGUCCUCGUCCCCUCAGUGUCCCACGGCGCUCAGGGUCAUUACGCUCGCAAACUGCUCAAAGACCUGAUGGAGAAUUACUCCGAAGCUCUGAGGCCUGUAGAGGACACGGACAAAGCGCUCAAUGUCUCUCUGCAGAUCACACUGUCACAGAUUAAAGAUAUGGAUGAGAAGAACCAGGUGCUAACCACAUACCUGUGGAUCAGGCAGGUCUGGCACGAUGCCUACCUGAAGUGGGACAAGGAGGACUAUGACAACCUGGAGAUGAUCAACAUCCCCAGCGAACUGGUUUGGAAACCGGACAUUGUCCUCUACAACAAAGCAGACGAGGAGUCGUCAGGGCCGUCCAGCACGAACGUGAAGCUGCGCUACAACGGAGAGAUCGUGUGGGACUCUCCGGCCAUCACCAAGAGCACCUGUGUGGUGGACGUCUCCUACUUCCCGUUCGACUGGCAGCAUUGCGACUUAACCUUCGGCUCCUGGACCUACAACGGCAACCAGGUGGACAUCAGUUUGGGAAAGGACAGCGGCGACCUGUCCGAUUUCGUGGAAAACGUGGAGUGGGAGUGCAGCGAGAUGCCUGCCGUGCGCAACGUCACCAUAUACGGCUGCUGCUCCGACCCGUACACCGAAAUCACCUACACCCUGCACCUGAAGCGCCGCUCCUCCUUCUACAUCUUCAACCUGCUGCUGCCCUGCUUCCUCAUCUCCUUCCUGGCGCCGCUGGGCUUCUACCUGCCCGCCGACUCCGGGGAGAAGGUCUCCCUGGGGGUCACCGUGCUGCUGGCGCUCACCGUGUUCCAGCUGCUGGUCGCCGAGAGCAUGCCCCCUGCCGAGAGCAUGCCCUACAUAGGGAAGUACUACAUCGCCACCAUGACCAUGAUCACAGCCUCCACCUCCCUCACCAUCUUCAUCAUGAACAUUCACUUCUGUGGCGCCGAGGCCAAGCCGGUGCCUCACUGGGCCAAGGUGCUCAUCAUCGACUACAUGUCCAAAAUCUUCUUCGUCUACGAGGUCGGGGAGAACUGCACUACGCCGGAGAGCGAGAGAACCCCGCUCUACCCUGAGGAACCCCUUGCGUCCCCAGCACAGGACGCGUGCGGCCGCUACGGCGACUGCCACUACGACGACGCCUACCGCCACGAGCGAGACCUCUACCGGUACAGCAACGGCCACAGCGUGCAGCACAGCGGGAGGCGCCACGGAGCCGAGGCCAACGGCGGCGGGAGCCACCGCUACAACGGCCACGCCCCCAGACUGGAGAGGGGCGAGGCCACGCGACACCACCAGCGCGUCUCGCGAGAUCAGCUGGACUACCGGGUUCACGCGCACCCGCACAUGAAGGAGCAGCUCCCGCAUCCCGCGGGCACGUAUGAAGUCCCGGCCUGCCCCUGCUGCUGCCCGUGCCUCCAGCACAACCAGGUGGUCAAGAACAUCCAGUACAUCGCCAACUGCUUCCGCGAGCAGCGAGCUACAUGUGUCAAGGUAGCCGAGUGGAAGAAAGUGGCCAAGGUGAUGGACCGCUUCUUCAUGUGGGUCUUCUUCAUCAUGGUCUUCCUGAUGAGCAUCCUCAUCAUCACCAAGGCGUCCUGACAGUCGCCCCCCGUGGCGGUGUUCACCUGGACGUCAGUGUUACUCACGAGUCGCUUUAGUGCGUUAAGAUGAUUCAAAACCGCUUUGUCUGCGAAUCAGAUGCGCCUGUGUUGUUUGUGUACUCAUUGUUAUUGUUGUGGCUGCGACACAAACACUGCACAGAAACCAUAUUUUUGACUGGACAGAAAAAAAAAAUCACCAAAGCUGUGUUUGCACAUGUCAUGGAGCGGUGGAAAGGUGAGAAGAUCCAGACCUGACCUGGAUCACGCAUGAACCCUUCGUUGAUGAAGAAUUACCACACAUCAAGUCAUCAGCAUUAUAUAUAUCAUCAUAUUUACAUUAAGCAGCCAUGUGAUGCUGUUUUCCAGAGUUGGCACAAUAAAGCUAAAAAACGACGACAGACACUCGGACUUCAGGCAGAAACUGAUGAAUAAUCAUCAUUAUGAUGAAGGUAACAAUACUAAAGUUGGGGAAAGUCCUCUGUUUUUUUAGUUCAGAUGGUAUAAAAAUGGUUCAAGUAAAUUCUGAAUUGUUGACUUUCAGAGAAAAGCGUGAAUGUUUACGUUUCUUAGCUAAACUCCCUUUAAUGCAACGUUUAGAUCUUAAUUGAAGCCUACCUCGUUAGAUGCACUACAUUACACUUUUAUAUCUUGGUAUUAAAUGUGGUUUAAUUAACUGUUGCAGCAGUUUGCUUUGUAUAAAUACUUUUUUUUCCAAUGUACAUUAUUGCAGUUUCUUACUUCGCUUACUGUACUUUAAGCGUCAAAAUAGUGCUUUGUGCUCUGCUACAAACCUAGCAACCUAAGCUAAACCCCUGGUGCCAGCA